GGGCAAACAACUCGUGUGGGAUAUUUAAUAUUUCACAAUCUGUAAUCAUCUUUUAAAAAUUAUAUAUAUAUAUAAACUGUUCCACGGAUUUUUUAUUACACCUACAAACAAUCCCCAAAGCUUCAACAAACGACGACCAGUGAAAAACAUGCUCCUCACGGGUAUAAUAUACAGAAUUUGACGAGGAUAAACAUGUUAACGGGAUCCCAACCCUCCACCUUACCUGGGACAGUUGUGUAACAGUACAACAUAAGAACGAACUAUGGUGAAAAAUCAGUCUUAGAUCAUCAAAUGGAUACACAUAGAAAUACAUCUCAAAACACAGAGUGGACGUGGCCGGGUGCUUGUACAUCCCUACAAAAUAAAAGACACUAAGUAAAUGUCUGAGAGUACUCGCAGUUACUGACAGCAGACAGAACAUAACUUAGUUAUUAAAGAGAACCAUGGGUAACUGGUUUAUAAAAUCCGACCAGAAUAAUAUUACAUGUGACGUUUGUGAAAACAUCGAUGUUGAUAAUCAUUGCAAUACCUGUUUGUUUAAUCUUUGUCGAGAUUGCGUUCCUGAUCAUUCCAGAAACAGAUUGAGUAAAAGAGAGAAAUAUGAGCACGACAUUGUACCUUUUACACAGAGAAAAAACAAGGUACAUUCCCCAGUAUGUCAAAAACAUAAGCUUGUUAGAUGCAUCAGACUUUGCAAUCAAUGUAAAAUACCCGUAUGUCAAGAAUGUGGUUUAAAUGGCGACCAUCAAAGUCACAAAACACUGAAUCUUUCCAGUCAUAUCAAUGAUCAAUACCAUGAAAUAAAUAAACAUAAUGAUAAUUUGGAGAGUGAAGUAAUACCAGAAUUUAAACAGAACGUUUCAAGGAUAGAGAACGCAAUCUCUGACACUACAACUGCCUUUUACGAACUGAAUAAAUCUAUCCAAGAGCAUAGAGAAAAUUGUCACAGAAAAAUUGAUGAUAUUUUUGACAGAUAUCAGAACGAGGCAGAUGAUUCAAGAAAAGAAGACAUGUCUGCCCUGUAUAGUUAUCUAUCGAAUGAUAUUGCAUGUUUUAAAGAAUCAUGUGAUAUUUUACAAAGAAAUAAAGAUAUUUUGAAUUCAGCAGACAUCAACGAUGUGGUCAAUUAUCGUCACAAGAAAGCAAACAAUAUUUCUGAAUUUGAAAUUGAACUUCCUAAAUUUGACACGAAACCCGUUGAUUGGAAAAAGUUAUACUUCGAAUUAGGAUAUCUUAAAGUAUCAGAUAACCCCAAAAUAAUUCGGACAGUCCCGACUCCGAUGGUACCCACAAGAGCAUGUACCUUACCCGGAGAUCAUGUCUGGGUUUGUGGACAGAACAAUAUAAUUGCGCGCAUAAAUAUCGAUGGAGAAGUUCUAGAAACAGUUGACGUGUCAAUAAGUGAACAUACAAAUGACAUUUCUAUAACAAACAACGGGGAAUUAAUUUUCACAGAAGGGAAACCUGGCAAAGUAACAACCAUUAAAGAAGGAAGGGGAGUAACAUUUAUAGACGUAGGUCAAGAAUGGCACCCGAGUGGUCUACAUUGUACAAAAUCAGGGGAUAUAUUAGUAACUAUGUCUGACGAUAGUUAUGAAAAUUAUAAAAUCGUCCGGUACACCGACGGAUUAGCAGUUCAAGAAAUUCAAAAUCAUUAUAACGGAAAUCCUUUGUUUCAUCCCGGCCCAGGACUUCUGUUUGUAACCGAGAAUAAUAAUGAAGACAUGUGUGUGUCAGAUACGAAUGGAUGUGUAAUAACUGUUUUAAACAAAUUCGGAAAUUUCAAAUUUGAUUAUGACACAACCCGGGCCUUAUACGAUUGUCCAGAAUUAACAACAUUCAAACCAGGAUGUAUAGUUACUAAUAGUAAGAGUGAAAUACUUUUCACUGUACAAAACUUUAUAUUUGUCGUCGAUCAUAACGGACACUUUGUUCAAUGUAUUGAUAAUUGCAACUUGACAAUGGCGUCUGCUUUGUGUUUAGACUACACGGAAAGAAUUUGUGUCGGAGAGUUUGAUAAAAACAAUUUGAAAAUCAUUAAGUACAGAUAAUAACCGAAAUGUUGAUAACAUUUGAUUUUUCUUUCUUUUUGUUUUAAACAAAUCACCAAUUUUUGACAUUUUCACCUGUUUUGUAUGUUUGGUGUUAGUCUGAGGAGUAUAUAUAAUGAUUGAU